AUGGGCCCCUGUACCGCCUCCCCAUGCUGCUGCCAGGCCCGUAAUCUGCCAUGGGGCCCCCGUACCGACUCCUCAUGCUGCUGCCAGGCCCGUAAUCUGUCAUGGGCCCCCUGUACCGCCUCCUCAUGCUGCUGCCAGGUCCAGAGUGUGUCAUGGGUCCCUGUACGGCACUCCUCCCAUUGCUGCUGUCUCUAUCGCCACACUCUGCCAUGUGCCACUUUCAGGUCUCCUCACACUGCUGGUGGUUUCCAUUUUUGUCAUAGGGUGCUGUAUGGCCUCCCAUUGCUGCUGCCUCCACCGCCACACACACUUGUGGCUCCACACUCUGGUUUUGGCCCCGUGACUGCCCAAAUGAGUGAAGUGUGCGGUGAUUCUAAGAUCGACGGCACUCAUCUGCAUGUCAUACUGACUGACAGUAUUAUUUCUCUUCCCCAGCAGACUCCAAGGGCAUUUAAAUUAAAGGUACAGUGUUCUGCACUAAUAUUA